CAAAGGUUGCUUAAUCCUUACUAGGGUUAAGGGAUGGAGGAGGCUUUGUGGGCGAAGGAGAGAGGAGGAGGAGGAGAGGUUUUGAAAUGGAGAGUGAUCGUGGAGGAAAUGAAGAACGUUGGAUACUUAGCAGGUCCAAUGGUGGCGGUCACACUGUCGCAGUUCCUGCUUCAGGUCAUCUCUGUCAUGAUGGUCGGCCACCUCGGUGAGCUUGAACUCUCCAGCACCGCCAUCGCCACUUCCCUCACCAGCGUUACCGGCUUCAGUCUCAUCUUAGGAAUGGCAAGUGCACUGGAAACCCUGUGUGGACAAGCUUAUGGAGCACAACAAUAUAGAAAGCUUGGGAUUCAUACUUACAGCGCCAUUGUCUCUCUCACCUUGGUUUGUCUCCCUCUUUCCCUCAUAUGGGUUUCCUUGGGAAAGCUGCUUUCUUUAAUAGGCCAGGACCCUUUAAUCUCAGCUGAAGCUGGCAAAUAUGCUGUGUGGCUUAUUCCUGCUCUACUAGCUUAUGCCACCCUUCAACCACUCAUCAGAUACUUCCAGUCUCAAAGUAUGAUCCUUCCCAUGCUUUUAAGCUCCUGCGCAACUCUGCUUUUCCACAUCCCCCUUUGUUGGAUCCUAGUAUAUAAGUCAGGAUUAAAAAACGUUGGAGCUGCAUUAGCAAUCGGCAUAUCCUAUUGGUUGAACACGAUCUUCCUCAUAAUGUACAUGAAGUACUCUCCCUCCUGUGAGAAAACUCGUGUGCCAUUCUCGAUGGAGGCAUUCAAAGGUGUCGGCGAGUUCUUCCGACUCGCUAUCCCGUCUGCUGUGAUGGUUUGUCUUGAGUGGUGGUCUUUUGAGCUGCUUGUCUUGUUGUCUGGGCUUUUACCAAAUCCAGAGCUCGAGACUUCAGUACUUUCUGUCUGCCUCACCACCAUCUCAAUGCUCUAUACAAUACCAUAUGGAGUUGGUGCUGCCGCAAGCACACGAGUUUCAAAUGAAUUAGGAGCUGGCAACCCACAUGCGGCUCGUAGGGCUGUCUGUGUCGUGAUGGUUAUUGCAGUUACAGAGACUCUCUUAGUAAGUUCGACCCUGUUUUCCUGCCGACAUAUUCUUGGUUAUGCUUACAGCAAUGAGAAGGAAGUCAUAAAGUACGUCAUGGAGAUGACUCCUCUAAUUUGUAUCUCAGUUAUCAUGGACAGCAUGCAAGGGGUGCUUUCAGGUGUUGCUAGAGGAUGUGGUUGGCAGCAUUUAGGGGCCUAUGUCAACCUUGGGGCUUUCUAUCUUGUGGGGAUUCCUAUAGCUGCUGUAUUGGCUUUCCAUCUACAUUUCAGAGGAAAGGGCUUGUGGAUUGGAAUUCUGAUUGGGUCUACUGUACAAUCAGCUAUGCUAGCACUUAUAACAGGCUGCACAAAUUGGCAAAAGCAGGCAAUCAAGGCAAGGGAGAGGAUAUUUGAGGGAAGAUUUUCACUAGAGAAUGGAUUAAAGUGAAUGAGCAAGGUUGCUAAUACCUACUGUGUCAUUCUUUUGGUCUGUUAGCGCAUCCAAAGGUUAAUACAAGGUGAAGAGGAAAACAAAGCUAACAGUAGCAUUGUUUGAGAAAUCAAUAUAUUGUUCUCAGAAGAAAUGAAAGUUGAGAAUGAUAACACAAUUGUUACUUCUGGGAACA